GUUAUAUUACUAAAGUGGACAAACGUGAUAUUUGUAUAAUAUAUAGCAAGAAGACAAAAUUGAUCAUUUUAUAUUCUUACAUUAAUCGUUAAAAUAUUUUGUUUUGAUAUGAUUGAUGUUCAACAAAACCAUUUGACAAAGGAAAAAAAAAAAAAAAAGACUAACAAGAGAGCCAUGGAUCCUCCCAGCCAAGCCAGUGAAGAGAGUGCCACGAUCCCGGACGAAAACGAAGAAGAAGCUUAUUUGCUCUUAGAUAAAGUGAUCCCACCAGUCCAUCUAAAGGAAUCAGCAGGUGAUAGAUCUUGUUGCAUCUAUAGAAUCCCUCACACUCUCGAGCGAGUCAACGACAAAGCUUAUGCACCCAAGAUCGUUUCAAUAGGCCCUUAUCACCAUUCAAGUGAUAAACAACAUCUCAAGAUGAUAGAGGAGCAUAAAAAACGUUAUUUGGAGAUUUUCGUGUCAAAGACUAAGGACAAUGGUGUAAAUUUAAGUCACUUAGUCGAUGUCGUCUCAGGAUUGGAACAGAAGAUAAGAGACUCCUACUCUGAGAAUCUUGAAUUUAGUCGACAAAAGCUUAUCAAGGUGAUGAUUCUUGAUGGUUGUUUCAUUCUUAUGCUGUUCCUUGUGGUUUCACAAAAGAUUGAGUACACAAAUUUCAAAGACCCAAUUUUCAAUCUGCGAUGGAUAUUGCCAACACUUCGAAGCGACCUUCUUCUUCUCGAAAACCAGCUUCCUCUCUUUCUUCUUGAAGUUCUUUUAGAGACAUCAAAGUUAGCUCCAUCCACUAGCUUAAACAUGUUGGCCUUCAAAUUCUUCAACUACUCAAUAAAAAAAACAGAUGAUUUCUGGAAGAAGCACAACAAUCUUCGAGCAAAACAUCUUCUUGAUCUCAUUCGUAAGACUUUCAAACCCGUCCCGCCUCCACCAACAAUUCCAAGGCAAUGUUGUAUCAAUAUUUUCAGGGAAAAUUCAAGAACCGAGACAUCUAAAAAUACUUGUCUCGGUAAGAUAAGUUGCUCAAAGGAGAUAACUGGAGCGCAAACAUCAUCGCCUCCUCUUCCUCCUCCUCCUCGACCUUUUCUUGGGCUAAUUGUGUCAGCCAGAAAACUUCAACUUCGGGGAAUAAAAUUCAAGCGGAAGGAGAAUGUAGAGACACCGUUAGACAUCAGUUUCAAGAGCGGUAUUCUUGAAGUACCACUACUUGUCUUUGAUGACUUUAUCAGCACUCUACUGAUCAACUGUGUUGCCUUUGAGCAGUUUAAUAUGAGCUGCUCCACUGAGAUUACUAGCUAUGUAACUUUCAUGGGUUGCUUGAUAAACACAGAAGAGGAUGCGACCUUCUUAAUCGAGAAAGGGAUCUUAGAGAACUAUUUCGGAACGGGUGAACAAGUUUCUUUAUUCUUCAAGAACAUUGGGAAAGACAUCUCAUUCAGCAUAUCCAAGAGUUUUCUAUCAAAAGUGUUCGAGGGAGUGAACGAGUACACUUCACAAGGAUACCACGUACAAUGGGCAGGGUUCAAGUACACACAUUUCAACACUCCAUGGACAUUUUUAUCAUCUUGUGCUGCUUUGAUGCUUCUUCUCCUUACCAUUUUCCAAGCCUUCUUUGCAGCUUAUGCUUACUUUCGUCCUCCCAAAAACAGUUAACUGUAAGGGCCUCCUUUAUCUCUUUAAGCAGUAUGCAUAAACACACUGAAUGUUUCUUUAGGUAUAAGUAUCAAAUUUGUGAUUUACUUGUUCUCAGUCCUCUGCUGCAUUCUAAACACUUUUUAUUCUUAAUCUUAGAAACAUAUUUUAA